AAGCACCACAUUUUGUAUCUGUGCUUCUCAAGAAUCCAUCCCUACGUAAUAAACAAGUACACGUGUGAUGUAUAUUCACUAGAAUCAUACAUAUCUUCAAAAAAUUCCAGAAGUGAAUUUGACAUUAAAGUUUUGAGUUUUACAGAUUUGGAGAUUCCGCCUAAAACGUCCUUUACUAAAACCUCUGUAACUUUGCUUUGCUUCACUGUAUUAAAAUCAAUCUUGGCACAGGUAAUGUUCAGAUAUUACAAUAAUAAAAGUACAAUGCAAUCACACAAAAUGAACAAAUUGGUAUUUAAAGGUCCCAGUGAUUCCAACAUAUAUUAGCUCAGGAGAGCUCAACUUUCAACACAGUUUAAAUGGACAAUUAACUCUAAAUGACACCUUUACUUCAUACAUCAUAUUUAGUGAAAGAGACAGGUCAUGUGCUGAGAAUGGGAUUGGGCAGAGGUGAAGAGGAAGGAGGUGUAGACAGGGAGGAUAGAGAUAAAUCAGUUGUGUGACAAAAAGGUUUGGUCAUAAAGCUGCCAGAGCUCUGUGCUGAUGGAGACCUUGGAGGGAAGUGAACUCUGCUUUCCACAACUCCUCAACACCUCCUGCAAGAAGACUGGGCGUCCUCACUUUGAGACCAUGCUGAUUUACAUUCUGCUGUACUCCAUCUCUCUGCUCACUGUAGUUCUUAACCUGCUGGUCAUCAUCUCUAUCUCCCACUUCAAGCAGCUCCACACCCCCACCAACUUCAUCCUCCUCUCUCUGGCUGUCUCAGAUUUCUUCGUGGGUUUCGUAAUGUGCUUUCAAAUUAUGUACUUAGAUGGCUGCUGGUUCUUUGGUGACCUCAUGUGUGCAUUUGGUCAGUAUCUAGCAUACGUAGUUACCUCUGCCUCAGUAGGAACAAUGGUGAUCAUAUCUGUUGACCGCUAUGUGGCUAUUUGUCAUCCUCUGCAUUACUCCACCAAAGUCACAGAAAAAAGAGUUAUAGUCUGUAUUUGUCUGUGUUGGAUAUGGCCUCUAAUCAUUCAAGGUCUGAGUCUAAAUGAUGUCCUGGAACAACCAGGCAGGUAUAACUCCUGUGUUGGAGAGUGCAUUGUUUUUAUUGACUACAUAGCUGGACUUGUAGAUCUUAUUUUUUCCUUCAUCAUUCCCAUUACUGUCAUUGUAGUUCUGUAUAUGAGAGUUUUUGUGGUGGCUGUGUCUCAGGCUCGUGCCAUGCGGUCACAUAUUGCAGCUGUCACACUCCAGAAAUCAGUGAAAGUAACUGCUAAAAAAUCUGAAAUGAAAGCAGCCAGGACUCUUGGUGUUGUUGUAGUUGUGUUUCUAAUAUGUACCUGCCCAUAUUUUUGUGUUGCUCUUACAGGCCAAGAUAACUUACUCAAUGUUUCAUCUGUUGGCUUCAUAAUAUGUUUGCUCUAUUUUAACUCCUGUCUAAACCCCAUGAUCUAUGCCUUUUUUUAUCCCUGGUUUAGAAAAUCCAUUAAGCUCAUUGUUACAUUAAAGAUACUGCAGCCUGACUCCUGUGAGACCAACAUACUGUAGAGAGACUCUGUGUAAUGCCUGAGAUUUGUCUUUGCAUUAAUAGAAAAAUGUACUUGGUCAUGGAAAUUGCCAUUCUGUUUAUUAAUAUAACAGUGGAGCUAUUUGGGGUUUGUCCAUCUGCAUGUAUUUUGGACAAAUCACCACGUCUAGGAUUCACUGUACAGUCUGUAGGUAUCAGGACUGUGACACAUUUUUGUUAUGCUGACUGUGUGCUUAAGCACAGUGGAUGUGGAAGUUUUAUAUCCACAUUAAAAGAAAAGUGUAGGCAGUUGUACCCUGUAUUAUACAUGACUGAAGUCUGGGACCCACAGACAUUAGCCGAUACUUUGUACUGUAUCUACCUGGAGAUGUUGUGCCAGGCCGGGAAUGCAGCCAUUUUGUAUGUGAACACCUUUAAAUACAAGCCCAUUUAAAGCUAAGAGUCAGCAAUUAAUAGUAACCUCAGAAGCUGAAGAAAUACAGAAUAUAUUUUUUAUCAUCAUUAAUUUGUGGCAUACAGGCCAAUUUAGCACAACCUUUGACUUAUAUUGUAUUGUCUUUUACUUGUUCUGAUUUCUUGCAUUGUACAGGCUAGACAGAAAAGUUAAUGAAAAAAGAAGGAUAUACUAUAUAUAUAUAAUAUACACUCCAUCUGCAAGGAAUUGUUUGUCAGCUUUAUACAUU